AUGCUCAGUACGAAGGAUGUGAAGAGACUAGCAGAGUUGCUGAAAACAGAAGAUCAUGAAUCCGACAGCGACGAUGACUUACCAAAAUCUGGUCUCGCUCGAUUAGGCCCUGGUGACGUCGGUCCCACAAAGAAACAAAUGGGCAGCUCAACUGCCGGUGACAAAAAGAAGAGCACUGACGUGAAAGCUGUCGAUGGAAGAGGAGACGCGGAGAUCUGUCUUGACCAGAAGGCCAUCUGGAGCGACGACGAGGUGGUCGAAGUGGACGAUAUGGAGGACCCCCGAGAAGAGCCGCGCUACCACUUCUCUUACCGGCAGGACGUGGGGGCGGAAGACGUCUACUUGCAGUUGGGCCCGCGCACCCCGGCGACGGCGAGCUGCGAGUGGCUGGUGUUGGAGGUGUGGCUGGAGGGAGAGCGCCGCUGUGACGUCGACGUGUCGCUGCACCCGCAGCGGCUGGAGCUGCGCUCGCCGCGCUACCGCCUGUCGCUGGCCCUGCCACAGCCCGUGCUCCCAGACAGCAGCGCCGCUACCUUGGACCCCGACAACUACGUGCUCAAACUGCGCAUGCGCAUGUCACGCGAACUGGAUUUUGUCAACUUCUAGGCUCGUACCAUAAGUUUCAUUUUAUUGUUGUAUUAUUCCAUGCAACCUACUUGAAUCGAUAUUUCCUGGAAACUUCAAACACAUCCGAUAUUAAGCAGAGUCUAGUUUGUUUUAGUUUUGUUGAUUGCGUUCAACAGCUUUUAUAAAUUGUAGAAAUGGCAUGUAAAACUGCUGUUCAAUUUAUUCUUUAUUGUGCGACUAGUUUCAGUCAGA